AUGGCGCAACCACCAGAACCUCGCCGGUCGCAGUCCUCGACAUCCCUAUACAAGAUGUACCACGGGCCGAACGGGGGUAUGAAUGGCCAACAGGUGGGAGAAGAAGAGCUCCAGAACCCCCGGCUGUUCUUUUGUAACUCAUUUUGGGGACCUGGCGAGCGGGGAUACGAUGUAAUCAUGGCGAGAUUGCGAGGAGCAGGGAGGACGGUUGAAGAAUUGCGUGCUUUUUGGAAGGAAAGAUCUGCUAUCGAAGAAGACUAUGCCAAAAGGCUCAACAAACUAUCGCGUACAUCACUUGGUCGCGAUGAAGUGGGCGACCUCGCCGACUCCCUCAAGCAUCUUCUCGCAGAAACAGCCCAACAAGCUUCAUACCACUCGUCUCUUGGUAACGAGAUCAAACAGACGGUGGAACACCCGACCUCGGAGCUGAGCGUGAGGAUGAACAACUUGAAAAAGGGGCUGCAGGCGGCAAUCGAAAAGUCGUACAGGAGUAAAGGCUUGCAGGAAGGACACGUGCAAAAGGCUCGUGAGAGGUACGAACAAGACUGCCUAAAGAUCAACUCUUACACCGCCCAAUCUUCCCUCACUCAAGGCAAAGAACUCGACAAACUUCUCUACAAGCUCGAAAGAGUCAAAGGCACAAUCGGCGCCAAUGAACACGACUUUUUGCAAUUUGUCAAGGUGCUUGAGGGCACUAGCAGCAAGUGGGAACAAGAGUGGAAGAACUUUUGUGAUCAUGUGCAGGACAUUGAAGAGGAUCGAUUGUCGGUAUCGAAGGAUCUCAUGUGGGUUUAUGCCAACGCAGUGUCGCAAGUGUGCGUUGAGGAUGACAGUUCGUGUGAGAGGAUUCGAGAAAAGCUCGAGCAGUUUGAGCCUGCCAACGACAUCAUCAACUUUGUCAAGGGUUGGGGCACUGGAGACCUGAUUCCUGACACCCCUCGUUUCAUCAACUACUCUGCUGGCGAGUCGUACCCUAUCCAGCCGGCCUACCAUGUCGCCAACUUUAUGCGCAUCUCGGCCAAACCGCCCAUGACUCUUACACCUGGGGAAGAAAUCCAGGAGCCAGCUGCGGAGCCAGAGCCAGAGCCUGAAGCUAUACCAGAACCCGAAGCAGAGCCCGAAACAGCCUUCAAUGCCAACGGUCUCUCCGAUGGGAUGAAGAGGACCACGUUGAGGGAUGAGCCUGUGAAAACUCCCGUUGCUGAGCCCGGGAAGCCAGCUACAAAGCCUCCCUUCGGCGGCGUCGCUCUUCCCGGUAUGUCCUCGGCUACAUCGCCUGCUCAAGAGAAGGGACCUUCGUAUGGGUCCAUGCCUCCUCCUCCUGUGCCCUCGACUUUGUCUAUGCCCGAACCUCGCGUACCUUCCCGUCAAAGCCAGGGUCCUCCUUCUCCUCGACGAGAUAUCAAUGAUGAGCAAGAUCCUAUGGCCAAGGCUCUGGCUGAGCUGCGCCGAGACCCGCCGCCUCCUAGCAGCGUCAGGAGAGCGCCCAGUCACAAAAGGGCAGAUAGUGUCGUGUCUGCUGCUGGAUCGGCUAGGGGUAGUGCAUAUGGAGGGGGCAUCAAGUCCCCAGCUUCGCCCGGACCAGGCAGGCACUCGUACCACCAAGGUUCCGUACCCGCGCAGUCGCGAUCGCCUCCUAUCGACUCUUCAUUAUCGCCUCCUCCUGGUGGUCAUACUGCUGCUGCCUUGGCCAGAUCCAUGGACGAGUUCAAGCACCACUCCGCCCAGAGUAACCGCAACAGCGUCAACUACUCCAACUUUGCGGACGACAUUGUCGGUUCUCAUCCCACUUCCCGACCUACCACACCUGUCAUGUCACCUAUCACUGGCCGCGGUCCUUCACCUGCCAUGAUGCAGGCUCCCAAACAACCUGCAACUCACAUCGCAGAUGAGGUACUUUCUCAGUACCACCAAGCGUUCCCUGGCGAACGCGAGCAGUCUAGGUCUAGGGCUGGAUCUGUCAUGUCCAACAGGUCUAGAAGUUCCUUCAUUGAGCCUCCUCAGCAGGCGCCCCCAUCCCCGAGUGCCCAGCCGAGACAAGGAUUCGUGGGUAUUGGCGCUGGAGGUGCCGCGCGCAGUCCCAGUCCUCAGCCAUCUUCGUUCCGCUCGCCCUCGCCGAGCCCUGCCAUCUCUCCCGGUGCACUUGGACCCCAGAAUUUGGGCAUCUCGCUGAACGCAAAGGGUGGAGUGGCGCAGGAUACUAUGGCGGAGCAAUACAGGCGGCAAUACCAGCAGCAGCAGCAGCAGCAGAAUCAGCCUCCACCUUCUGCUCCUGGUCCGCAGAUGGGCAGUUAUCUCGGGCAGGGGAGCUCCCAGUACGGUGCUUCCGCCGGCCGUGGUCCAUCGCCAGCGCCAUCCUCGCAGCCUGGGUAUGGCCAAAGAGGUUCCGUCUAUAGCGCGCCCAAAUCGCCUGUGGCUGCUUCGCCCAUUGUGGGGCCGCCUGCUGUCUCUAAUCGCCCCAUUUCCAACUAUGGCCAAUCUCAGCAGCAGCAAUACGAUCAGAACGCUGUACCGAGCCCUCACUCACCGUAUGCUCCAGCCUCUCAGCCGGCUUAUGGACAAUACGCCUCUUCCACUCAGGCGCCUUACACCCAGCAGGCUCCCGCUCCCGAGCCCAACUACUCCCAAAGACCCAACUCUGGCUAUAACCAAGGUGCUGCUUAUGGUCGAGGGCCUUCGCCUCAGCCUCAGCAGCAACCAAUGUACGCGCAGAAUCAGGGAUACCAAGGCCAGCAGUACGCGAGAGGAGUCAGUCCUGCUCCCGGGGCACAGUCCCAGCAGUAUCAGAGAGGCGUCAGCCCUGCUCCUGGUGCCCAAGCUCAGCAAUAUCAGAGAGGAGUCAGCCCCGCUCCUGCCCAGGCCCAACAAUACGCUCGUGGUGUGAGCCCUGCUCCUGGGGCUCAGCAGUACGGUAGAGGUGUUAGCCCGGUGCCCGGAGUUCAGUCAUACGGCUACGACCAGCAUCAGCAAGGUUACGGUCAACCUAGAAGGUCGCCCAGUCCGGUACCGAACCAGCCUCCCGCUAAUGCUACGCCCACCGGACAAUGGUCCACCACCGGUCUUCCUGUCUUGUUCUACGUCAAGGCGUUGUACACCUACGAAGCCAAAUCUUCUGCAGAGUUUGACUUCCAGGAAGGCGAUAUCAUCGCCGUGACCAGUACGCCCGAGGAUGGGUGGUGGUCCGGAGAGCUGUUGGAUGAAGCGAGGAGGAUCGCUGGAAGGACCGAUUUCCCAAGCAAUUUGUACGUCUUCUUCAAUCCCUUCUGUACAGACUACUGA